AUACAAUACGGUGAUCUUUUACCUCUUGAUCUUGAGUUAGAAAGAGCAAUUAGGAGACGAAGAAGAGGUAGAAACAAUCGGCGAAAUCCCAAGCGUACCAUGGGGGAUAAUCCACCUCCUCGGGAAGCCACGGUCAAUAUUUCCGAUGACAAAAAUAGAGGCAUACGGGACUUUGCAACUCCCGAAUUUGGUCAAUUGGCCUCGGGAAUUGGUAGACCCGAAAUGACAGCAACAUCUUUUGAACCCAAGCCGAUUAUGUUUCAAAUGAUUUCUGUUCUGGCUAAAACCUACAACGAGGGGUAUGACAUUUUGGAACGAAUUUCUAAUAAUAAUACUGAAUGGUCUAACCCUCGUGCUGUCAUUUCUAAAUCUGCCUCGGGUAUUCAUGAGCUUGAUGCCAUUUCUACUUUGAAUGCCCAAAUUGUUGCUUUAACUAAUUUGGUUAAAAAUAAUUUAAACUUGAAUGGGGAAAAGAAUCAAGUCCAAUCCAUAAUGUCUAAUUCUUCCAUGACUGAAUCUUGUGUUUUCUGUGGUGAAAGUUAUUCUUAUGAGUUUUGCCCCGGAAACCCCGUUUCGGUAAAUUAUGAUGGAAACCAUACAAGAAAUAUCCCAUUUUCUCCAACGUACAAUUCAAAUUGGAGAAACCAUCCGAAUUUUUCAUGGGCCGGAAAUCAAGGACUUCAACCCCCCGGGGCAACUCAAGUCCAAAACCGACCUUCGAAUCCCCCGGGAUUUAAUCAAGGAGGUCAUCACAUGCACGGUGAAGAAACUCAAAUUCCAGUUUCUGUUCCUGAAACAGCAGCUUUACCCAGUUCCAGCACCACCCAGUCUCCAACUGACACUGCUCACAGUGGGCAGAAACUACCCACACCCGAGCAGAUUAAGACCGGUCCAACAGAUUUAGAUCUAAGAGAUUUACCUUUUCCAGGCAGGAUGAAAGCCAAAAAUGUGGAUGUUCAGUUUAAGAAGUUCUUGGACAUCUUUAAGCAACUCCACAUUAACAUACCUUUGGUAGAAGCUCUCGAGCAAAUGCCAAGCUAUGUUAAAUUCUUGAAAGACAUCCUCAAUAAAAAAAGAAGACUUAGUGAAUUUGAGACUGUGUCUUUGACAAAGGAAUGUAGUGCCCUUCUUACUUGCAAAAUUCCCCCAAAGUUGAAAGACUCGGGAAGUUUCACCAUUCUGUGCUCUAUUGGAGGAAAAUAA